AUGAUUCUUCAAUAUCAUUCUAAACUAACCAACAAACAUUUUAUCCAAAGAAUAAUGAGCUCAAAACUACUGCUUUUUGUUGUAUUCAUAUUCGCUUUGUGGAUUGCUACUCAGAGUGUUGUAUUGGAUAGUGGUGCUGGCAACGGCGAACAUAUCUUCAAAAAGCCGAUGGUUAAACGUGGAGAUUGGCGUUGUAACGUGACACAGUUGCCAUGUUACAUUCAUCUUCGAUGUGAUCGUGGCGGAGCAUCAUUAUGUUUGGAUUGGCGUGAAGUGUGCAAUGGAUAUGUUGACUGUCUCGAUGGAGCUGAAGAUGAAGCUCAAUGCUACCAGAUGGAAUCGAACGAAUGUGAAGAAGAUCAAUUUCGAUGUCAUAAUGGAUUAUGUAUUUCAGAAGAAUUCUGGGAAAAUGGUUUAGGUGAUGCGGAUUGUCUCGAUCGAUCCGACGAAUUAGGUGGUCAACAGCACACACAUUUAUCAUCACCAGAACAUGUUCAAGUACGUAAAUUAAAAAAACGUGUAAAAGAUCGUGUUACACAAGAAAAUAUUUCUAUCGGAAAAAUUUAUGAUGAUGAAUUAGCACGAUCACAGCUUAGUCAAACAGCGCUUGCUGUUGCACCAACAGCAGAAGAAGCAACAUUUCCAUGUGUAAUUGGUCUACUAACUGGUAAAACACGUAGUAUAUACGAACGAAUGUUUGAUGAAUUAACAUUUCAUGCAAAUCGUCUAAACUUGUUAUUUGAACCUGAACGUAUUACAUCAGAUUUUGAAAAAUCACUUAUCAAAGCAGUAUCUAAUAAAUUUCCAAGUGCUCGUCAUAGUGGAUGUUAUUUUCACUUUACACAAUGUAUUUACCGCAAGAUACAAAGUUUGGGUCUUGAUAUUUCAUAUAGAGAAGACGAUGAUGUACGUUCAACCUGUCGUCAGCUUAUGGCUUUACCAUUUUUACCUAUGGAAGAAAUAGAAUUUGCAUUCGAGGAGUUAAUGGAACAAUCACCAAUUGUUGUUAAUCCUUUGAUCGAAUACUUUAAAAAUUAUUGGAUAACACAGGUGUCCAUUAAUAUGUGGAGUGUAUCUCAUUUGGAUACAAGAACGAAUAAUAGCGUUGAAGGCUGGCAUAACCGUUUUAACAACAGAAUAAAUAAACACCAUCCGAAUAUUUGGCACUUUAUUUCUGUUAUAAAAGUGGAGGAGGUGGUAUUUCAACAACAACUAAUUCAUAUUCAAACUGGUGCACAAAAGAAAAAAAAGAAAAAAACAACUGUUAUGGAACAACGGCUUCAAACUUUAUCAUCAAGAUUUGAAAAUGCAGAAAUUGAUUUAAAAGAAUAUCUUCAAAGUUUAUCAUUACUUGUAGCAAAAGACAUAAAAUCUAAAAAAUAA